CAGCGGUGCGGGCAGCUGCAGGACCUCAUCGACAUCUCGCUGUCCAGCCUGCAGGGGCUCCGCACCAAGUGCGCCGCCUCCAACGACCUCACCCAGCAGGAGAUCCGCACCCUGGAGGUGAAGCUUGUCCGCUAUAUUGGUAGCCAGCUGCAGUGCAAGCUGAACGUUCCUCUGAAUGACAGAACAGUUGAGCUGAACAGCUACCCGAGGUUCAGUGACUGGCUAUAUCUUGUGAAUGUGAGGAGAGACGUUGUACAGAGGAUACCGGAGGACUUGACCCUCGAUGCCUUACUGGAAAUGAACGAGUCGAAAGUGAAAGACACCAUGAGGAGGUUCGGGGCCAGUGCAGAGGAAUGCUCUCGUCUCAACGGAGCCCUGGCCUGCUUGAGAAAAGUGACCCGGACAGGGGGAGAAUACAAGGACGAUUUGCUGUGGAAUUCUUCAGACGUGCGCCGGGAGAACCAUUUGAUGCCCCCUUCGGAACUCUCCCCCUGCCCUGCAGCAGUCAUGUGGAUGCAUGGGACCCUGUCGUCUUCCAAGGGAAAUGGCCAGCAGCACUCCCGCUGUGCUUCUGUGUCUAUGGUUCCAUCUUCGGACAACCCCCUCUCAAGCCAAGGACCUCCAGCCAGCGCGGAUAACCUCUUGGAAUCUUUUGCCUUCCCUACGCACUGUGGGGGACGGAACCUUAGGACUCCCCACAGCAUCACUAUCACACCACCAACCACGCCCCAGCUCAAGAGAAGGAAACCCCCACGGACUCCGCCCCCACCUAGCCGGAAGGUUUUCCAGCUGCUACCCAACUUCCCAACACUCACAAGGAGCAAAUCUCACGAAUCGCAGCUUGGCAACAGAAUAGAUGAAGUACCUCCCAUAAAAUUUGAUCUUCCCCACGGUUCUCCUCAAACGGUACGAAGAGAUAUUGGUCUGUCUGUUACACACAGAUUCUCUACAAAAUCUUGGUUGUCGCAGGUGUGCCAGGUGUGUCAAAAAAGCAUGAUGUUCGGAGUGAAGUGUAAACACUGCAGAUUAAAGUGUCAUAACAAAUGUACAAAAGAAGCCCCUCCCUGUAGAAUAUCUUUCCUGCCCUUACCGAGAUUAAGGCGAACAGAAUCUGUCCCUUCUGAUAUCAAUAAUCCAGUGGACAGACCUUCAGAACCACAGUUCGGGACUCUUCCAAAAGCGCUAACUAAAAAGGACCACCCGCCAGCAAUGAACCAUCUCGAUUCCAGCAGCAACCCAUCGUCUACCACCUCUUCCACGCCGUCUUCUCCAGCCCCUUUCCAGUCUUCCAACCCACCCAGCGCAACACCACCCCCGAACCCAUCUCCCAUGGGACAGCGGGAUAGCCGGUUCAACUUCCCAGAAAUCCCCAAUCCCUUGCAAGUAAUGCAGCUGCCUGAAACUACGGAAAACGCUAACAGAGUUGAUGAACAUCCAGAGAUGGAUGGAGUCGAAGAACGUGACACAGAGCAAGCAGAAGACCAAGAGCCAAACAAGUCAGAGGCCGAAGAUGAUGAAGAUGAAAUCGAUGACCUGCGGAGUGGGCCAACUCGCUGGCGAGGGAUGAUCUCCCGCAAGGCCAGCCAGACAAGCGUCUACCUACAGGAGUGGGAUAUCCCCUUUGAGCAGAUCGAACUGGGCGAUCCCAUUGGCCAGGGGCGGUGGGGCAAGGUUUACCGGGGGAGGUGGCACGGGGAGGUGGCCAUCCGGUUGCUGGAAAUCGAUGGUAACAAUCAGGACCACUUGAAACUCUUCAAGAAGGAGGUGAUGAAUUACAGGCAGACCAGACACGAGAAUGUGGUGCUUUUCAUGGGGGCUUGUAUGAACCCCCCUCACCUAGCAAUUAUUACUAGCUUUUGCAAAGGAAGGACUCUUCACUCCUUCGUAAGGGACCCCAAAGUAUCUUUGGAUAUUAACAAGACAAGGCAGAUAGCCCAGGAAAUCAUUAAGGGCAUGGGGUACCUUCACGCAAAAGGGAUCGUACAUAAAGACCUGAAGUCCAAGAAUAUUUUCUACGACAAUAACAAAGUUGUGAUCACGGAUUUUGGGCUGUUUGGGAUUUCUGGCGUGGUUCAGGAGGGAAGGCGUGAGAAUGAACUGAAGCUCCCCCAUGAUUGGUUAUGCUACUUGGCCCCAGAGAUUGUGCGUGAGAUGGCUCCAGGGAAGGAUGAAGAUAAGCUACCUUUCUCCAAGGCUGCUGACGUCUAUGCUUUUGGGACCGUCUGGUAUGAGCUCCAGGCCCAGGAGUGGCCGUUCAAGAACCAGCCGGCCGAGGCCUUGAUCUGGCAGAUUGGGAGUGGUGAGGGAAUGAAGCAGGUCCUCUCUGCAAGCAGUUUGGGGAAAGAAGUUGGCGAAAUCCUCUCGGCGUGUUGGUCUUUUGAUCUCAGCGAACGGCCCAACUUCACCCUCCUGAUGGAAAUGCUUGAAAAACUGCCAAAGCUCAACCGGAGGCUCUCUCAUCCAGGGCACUUCUGGAAGUCGGCCGACAGCAACAGUAGCAAAGUUGUCAUCCGAUUCGAACGGUUUGGUUUGGGAGAUUUGGAAUCGAGCAAUCAAAAGAUUUAGUCCGCUCUCUUUAUGGUCCUUAUUCACACUUUCUGCCUGCGUCUCCUGAAAGUUUUUAUUUGCAAAUCUUCGUGGCAUCUUCCCAAAUAACAGAAGGGGUGUUGCAAGGCAUGCCCC